UAAUGACCCUGAAGAUAGCAGACAAUUAACAAUUUCCAAAUUUUUUUUUCAACAGUUUAAUUUAAAAAAAAAAAUAUGCACAUGUAGAAAAUUUUAAAAACUAUUGGUGCAAUUUGUUCAAAUAUUUUUUUUUUUAUAAUUUAUUGUUUAAAAAAAAACUCCGAAAAUUACUAGACGUCGGCUUAUUUCAAUAUCAUUUAUUUUAAGGCCGUUCUCAGGCAGUGUCUCCACUUUUUUAAAAUAUUUAAUGAUUUUCAAUUUUAAUGACCGCCCUGGUGGAAAUUUUUCGGACUUUUCUCUGAAUAACUCUGAAAAAGUCUUAGAACUUUGAAAAAGUCUUUAGUACUGAGUUUUUCAGAGAAAAUUCCGAAAAAUUUCCACCAGGGCGUAUUAAAAUUUUGAUAAUCAAUUAAAAAGAGUUAAAGCAUUAAUUGAAAACAGGGCAAUGCAGUUACAAUUCUACCGAGACAUAGAUUUAAAAAAAAAUUAUUUACAGUUGACGUCAAUUAGGAGUUAAAGGAAAUUGUAAAAUCUUCAUGUAAAUUUUAUAAUUUGGAAUGAGUGUGAAUGUAACAGACAUCAGGCAAAUUUAAAAUUAUAAAUAAAUCGAAAUAAAAAUGCAAGACGAUUCAUUUUUAGAAGAAAUGAAUUUAGUGCCCGCAGCAGCACACAAUUCCGGAGCUAUGGUUCAUCAUGCAGAGAAAUAUAACAAUAUAACAACACGUAUUUUGCAAUCACCAACUAUUACCGUUUGUUCAGAAAGAGAAGAUCUCGAAGCGAUUCUUCGGCAGCAAAGACAGUCAACAGUUUCUCCAUCAGUGACUGUGAAAGCAUCAAGCAGAAGAUCCAUCGAAACCUUAUCGCCAAUUCUGCCUGUUUCUGAUUCACAUUUAAAACGCAAAGAUGAUUUGAGAGAAAAAAUAUCUCCGAGUAUAAAAAAACAACUUAAAGAUAAAGAAAAAGAUUUUAAAAACUCGUCAUUUAUAAAGACGACUAAAACUACUGAUAAAAAAACAAAAGAUGAUAAAUUGAAGCCGGUGGAAAACAUCGAGCGUUCGAUGGAUACACUAAAGGUUAAUUCAGUAUCAAAAACUCGUACGAAAGCAACUGGAUCCAAGGACAGCAGAUUAUCUGACGGUUCCUACAAAGAAAAUAGCAAACCAGAUUUGUCUGAAGAUCUGAGUACUGACGGAGGAAAAGAGUGGCGACGUAUAACAACAGAUUCGAUUAAAAAUAAGGAACUUUCUGAUGAUUAUGAGGCCCUGGCAAUGCUGCCAGCUAUCAAAGAUAUUGUUAGUCAGUAUACUAAAAUAGAAAGCGCUAAAGUUAUGACGGCAAUGCAGAUUCAAAGUUCGAAAAUAAUGAAAAUGAUGGAAGAUUUGUAUAUUAACUCACAGUCUACUCUUAUAAAACAAUUAAUACUUUUGUCUGAUGAUAUAUGUGACGCAAAACCGGUCAGUGAUAAUUCACGGCUGCAUUAUUUAGUUCAAGAAAACAAUCGUUUGCUUGAAACCAUUGAGGUCUUAAAUGCUCGCAUUGAUGAGUUGAAAAAAAAAGCUGAUACUGUUGAUGAUAUUCGUAGAGAAAAUAAAGCGCUUAGAUUUAAAAUAAAAGAGCUUGAAAAAUAAUGUACCGGAAAAUUGGAAGAUUUUUCACGCAACGAAAAAAAAAUUGGAAAGUAAAAUU